AUGCGCAAUAAAGUUAACUUUAACACUCUUUGGAAACGUAAAUCAAGAGAAAAUGAAACGCCUGAGCAUUGUGAAGCUCAUCUUGUCAAGGAAACCCAUGAAGCUGCAGCAAUCACAGCCGCAGCAGCAACGAUCUAUGAAGUCAUAGCAACCACAGCCACAGCAGCAACGAUCUAUGAAGCCACAACUGCAGCAGAAUCGAAGUAUGCUAAAGCAGGAUCGAGACAUUUCAGAGUAGCAAGAUCGGA